CCGAUGGAAAGCUUCAUAGCAUGCAAGCAAAAGCGUGGCACCAAGGGGCGUCUCAGAAACAACCUGGGCCUGACAUUUAAGAGCGGAAAGGCCAGAGGUACCUUGUCCAGCAAAUAACAGUAUAGACUUAGCCGAAGCGUUGCGAACAGGUCCACUGGGAUUCAUACUGACGGAGGAGCUGCAGAGCAAGAGGAUGAUUGUAGGGCGGAUGGUGGCACAAGUCGAAAGGAAUGCGAUAGAGAGCAAACACACGGCGACAACACGUCAUGACCCUCUUCACACGGAUAUACUGCUACUAUUUCCAUCCCUCGUCUACAAUCGAAACGCCGUACUCGUCUACAAUUAAAACGCCGCACUCGCAUACAACGGCGUUUCUACGGAGAUGAACCCUCAGCGUAUCUGGCAGCGAUUCUGAAAUGACGCCACAUGCGGUGCUCGCUCUGUUACUACGCCAAUUCGUCCACACACUAGUCAAAACCGGCCUUGAGUCGGCUUCUGGCGAUCAUUGGGACGCGACGGGACGCAUCGAAGGUCGUUUACUUUGGAAAGUAACGCUCGCUGACUUGUUGGGGCCGAACGGAAGAUGUUAUGUAUCUUGAGAGGAAUAGUCAGCCGGGCCAUAGCUGGGAAAAACAGCGAUCCCUUCGUGGGGAUUGGCCAAGCCCUUGGCUAGAUUCGGCCUUCCGGUGACCCGAAUUCCUCCACAACUGUGCUCGAGAGACCGGAUGUAGUUGUAGUAUCAAACUUUUCACAAUCACACGUACUUAGCGAAUAUGAUUGUUCUGUGCUAUGUCGCCUGUAAAUGCACCUACAAAGCUUUUGCCGGUUUCCGCUCGGCCGAUGAAUAGCCGAUAGCAUCACCCGUGUUUCUGUUCUCCCCACUAGUACUGUGCAACUAAGUAUGCGUCCCUCAGCAGCACGUUUCUUAAACAUCCUGGUCCCAGUCAAGCGUGCUGUCGAUUACGCCGUGAAAAUCCGCGUGAAUCCACAACAAACCGGUGUCGACCUCAAUGUCAAGCACUCCAUGAACCCUUUCGAUGAGAUUGCGGUGGAGGAAGCCGUUCGACUGCGAGAGCGACUCAAGGACCAAGUCAAGUCAAUCAAAGUCGUCUCGAUUGGCCCUCCGAAGUCCGUCGACACGAUACGCACUGCGCUCGCCAUGGGGGCCGACUCCGGGAUACAUAUUGAGGUGCCGGAAUCGGACCCCGCGCCUGAACCACUGGGUGUCGCCAAAGCUCUCCGUGCGGUAAUCCAGCGCGAAAGCGAGGGAGUUGAUCUGGUCAUCAUGGGGAAGCAAGCUAUCGACGAUGACGCUGGCCAGACGGGCCAGAUGCUUGCAGGACUGAUGGAUUGGGGUCAGGCGACGUUUGCGAGUAAAGUCGAGUUGGAUGUUGCGGCCAAAUCGGCGACGGUCCUGCGAGAAAUUGACGGAGGGUCCGAGGAAAUCCGAUGCAAACUUCCUCUGGUGGUGACGACUGAUUUGCGAUUGAAUGAGCCACGCUACGCAUCUCUCCCCAAUAUCAUGAAAGCCAAGAAGAAACCUAUCGAAAAGCUCACUGCGGCUGACAUUGGAGUGGACUUCACGCCACGGCUGGAAACUAUCAAGGUGACUGAACCACCAGUACGAGUCGGAGGAGGAAAAGUACAGAGCGUGGAUGAGCUUGUUGCAAAAUUGAAGGAAGCGGGCUUCACGGCGGCUUGAAAUACAUCUCGUCAUGCAUAGAUGAAUCGUUCAAUAUUCGACUACAUAAAUGCGCGGAUCCUGGGUGGCCG